AUGAAUGUAGAAGAAUUAAUAAGUGAAGUUUUUUCUCGGCCGGCUUUGUGGGAUCAGAAAAAUAAAUGUUAUCAUAACCGUGUUUUAGUGGAAAAGCUAUGGAUGUCCGUUGCUUCAGAAAUGAAAAUACCAAGUAAGUUACAUUGUUGGCAUCGGCAAUACCUUGCAACACAAUCGAAAAAAAGUGUUUAUAAUUAUAAUACAUGGAACCAAGGAAGACUUAAAAAAAAAUGGAAGUAUUUACGCGAUCAAUUUCGAUGUGAAGUACGCAAAAUUCCAACUCCGAAAUCGGGGGAUGCCAAGAAAUUGAAGAUAUUCUCAACACUUCACAAGUCGAAGAAACAAGAGAUAUGUGCGACAAUGACGAGUUCAGCUGUGAAGUUCCAUCAAAAAAAACAAAAUACCUCUAACAGCACUGCCCAAUUGUUGGAAAUUGAAAAAAGAAAAUUGGCACUGCUGGAAAAUAAAAAAAUGGAAAAAAAGACUGUAUUGGAUGAAGAUGAAGCAUUUUUUGUAACUCUUUUGCCGCAUAUUCGGAAGUUGGACCCAGAGAAUAAAUUUCUGUGUCGAAUGGAAAUGCAAAAUGUACUUUAUAAAUACGUGUAUGCAAAAGUUAAAAAUAUGCCCACACUGUCCAAUGAAACUUCAAGAUACGCGCCUUUGUCUUCACCAAUCAGCGUUUCUUCUGAAAGCUACCAGAUAAAUUCUUUAGACCUUAGCACAAUUCUUUGUUUUCAACCGAUCUCAUUUACCACAGUUGAAGGUACAAAUAUACCAUCAACUUCAUCAUCAUUGGUUCCAGACCAAAAUGCAAUGGAAACUAUAAUUUAUUCAUCUUUAAAUUCUUCCUAA